UGUAUGCGUGCGUGAGACUUUGCGUGGAAACCAACUGUGGGCGAUGUCGACUCUCGCACGAUAACGCUUCUGUCUCUCUCUCUCACAUACGUACCUACUCAACACAUAUAUCACUAUGCCUGCGAGUUUUUUUCCGCACAGCCGCAUCAUCCACCGAUCAUCUGACAUCUGACAGACCGUCCGUGCGUUCCGUUCCUUUCUCUAAUAUUCGCUUCGCGAUAACAGCGAGCGAUAAACAGUAAGAGAGCGAGCAUGAUAUCGGUAUAUCUCUUUCUCCCGUGACGCAUGGUCGGAGGAAUCUCGCUGAAACGAAAGUUUCGAGAAGCCUUUGCAACGGCUACGCCUGCGAGGUUCAACCUAUCUUGGGGUACCGCAGGUAGGUAGGUAUGUGAGAGCGAGUAGGCGCCAUCGCGCAUGACCGCCUUCGGAGAAGGUACAUUUCACCUUUAAUUUUGUUGGUACCACCACCAAAUCUCGAUCGAACCUUUAGUCUAAUGUAAUAUACACGUAAUUCCUGUGUAAGUUGGAUAAUUCAUGUUUCGAUCAUUUGAAGAGGAAAUUAUAAUCAUAGGAUCGUAGAUUUACUUUCUCGGUCUCUUCUGUUAGCCGAGGGAUGAGCGAAUCACUUUCAAUUAUAUGUUGGAACACAAAUAAGAUUACUUUGUAAGCAUUAUCGUUAUCAGAAUAUAAAAAGCUUUGCGAGGUUUGUCGAUCCUUUGACUCAUUGCAAAUAUAGCGCACAAAAGCUGAUUGAGUUAUCGAAUAAUUAACUGGAAUAUUCUUUGUUAAUUUCUUAUUAACAUUCCAUUUCUUUAAAUGUUAUUGCAAACUGUAGUUGAUAUAAUUAACUGGGAAUAUAUUUUUAUCCGGAAGUCACAUUUCAAGAUAUUUUUCUUUGAUGAUACUGUUUAAUAUUACUGCAAACUAAUUGACAUAAUUAACUCGAGGCAUUUUUAUUUUUCUGAAACAACACUGAAUAUUAUUGCAAACUGUAGUUGGCAUAAUUAACUCAAGAUAUGUUUAUGCUGAAAUGACAUUUCAGGAAAUUUUAAUUUGACAUUACUCUUUAAUUUAAUAUUGAUGCAAAUUGUUGUGACAUAAUUAACUCGAGAUAUUUUUAUCUUAAAAUAACAUUUCAUAAAAAUAUUCAGAGUUCAUUAUGUCAACUACUACUAGUUUGCGGUAAUGUUUAAAGAAAUAUAAUAUGUGUAUAAUAAGAGAUUAACCAGAGUAUGUUAAUUAUUAAAUAAAGAUAAGAAUAUUGCACGAACUGCACUUUCUCAAUUCAGAUAAUCGAAAUAUAAAUUAUCCAAUAGGAUAAUAUUAAAAAUUUGUACAUAAGCACACAUUUAGCGCACAUGAGAUUGAUCCGUCCCUGUUUGUAUGUAUGAUUAGAUUCGAUGCUAUGCACGUAAAUAUACGCGCUGUAUGUAUGUAUACGUGUUGAACGUAAAUGUAUUUGUACGGUGCACGUGUAGCGUUCUUCCAGUUAAAAGCAUGCGCAUAAAUAAGUUUAGAUUAUAAGCUGUAGAUUGCGAUUUCAACGAGUGGCGCUCUUUACUCUGGAUAGAAGAUGAGUGUUCACAUAUGUAUAGUUAUUCUCCGAGUAUCAUGGUCGCUUAUCGCCUCUUCCAUUCGCAACAUAUCGCUAUUCUCGCGUUUACUGAUCACGAUGAGGUUCUCUUUUUCAAACACGUCCAUCGUGCAGCAAGAAGGCACCUGCGUGGCUCGGCCUUCGCGUAGUUACAUAGGCAGGCACGAUUCAUUGUUCAGGUAUUCCACCUAUGUGUCCUUGAAACAGAAUGUCUUCCUGUCAGUUUCCCGCGUCAAUAGAACACGUUAACAUUUUUAUCGAGCAAUUACGAGUCGUUUUUCUAAGCUCAUAUAAUAUGUUCAGUUACUAUUUGUUUAGGGUAUAUUUAGUCAUGUAUCAAUUACACGACUUUAGUUUUUUUGGUAUUUUUCUCUAUCUUUUCUCGCAUGUAUCUAUUCUCAAUCUCUAUAUCGCAUAUUCUCUCGUGAGUAAACGAUAGUAUUCGCUGAAAAUAAUAUCGGCAGCGAGCAUCGAGUAAGGAAAACAUCGAGGCAGACCGGCAGUCGCCUAGUGCACAACGGCUGGCCUGGCACGGCUUGUCGGAUUUGUCCUUGGGGCUGAAGGUAAGCGCAAACACGAAGACGAAGCGGCAACGUUGUGCUCGGCGCCCCCUCUUUUGUCCGCCGGCCGGUCUUGCCAGACAGGGUGUCGCCAGCUCGGUCGGCCUGGUCGUCCGGGUUAGCGCGAGGGACGAGGAAAGGGAGAGUGCGACGGAGAAGAGGGAAGAGAGAAGGUUUAUAUAUGUAUACGCAUCUGUGUGCGCGAGCUAGAGCAGCAAUAGGAGAAGGGACGCACCAUAGGGGGAAUUGUUGGAGCGGUGGACGUUAGAAGAGACGAGACGAGGGGGAGACAAAAUGCAGCUCGUAGCUAGCAGCUCGUCGAGAGAGAUCGUAGUGUGCGUAUUGCAGGGAUCGGUCAUGGACCUAUAUUCACGCAGACCAGGCACAUGUUUGAAAACUCGCAUUCUUCUGGAAUGUGGCCUGUUGGAGGCCCCUUUGGUAGUUCAACCUCCCUCUUUUCCUCUCCGUUCUCCGGCUCUGCAAACCUCUGUUGAGCGUACGGUGGACAUUGCUCGGACGCCUACCUACACCCUCCUCUUCCUCUCCUCCUUUCGUUUCGUUUCCUUUCCUUUCCUUGCCCUACCCCGCCGUCCUUUCAUGAUCCCCGUUCACCCGCUGCACCGUCGCAGCCACUAGCUUGGCGCCCCAAAUAGUCGCGUAACCAGAGACGCGCCUCUGGCCUGGCUUGGUCGCGCCAGACUUCUCGGCGCCCAAAUGAUGUACAUCGACCAUCCGCUGUCUCUCUUCGUCCUUUGCUCUUUCGCUCAUUCGCUCGCGACCGUUCGUAGCCUUCGCUUUCCGCGCUUUCUUCCACGUACUUAUGCACAGACAUGACUGGCAGAAAAAAGAGGUUCUAUAGGAAUGAUAAAACGCAGCGACAAGGAAAAAAGACAGACGCCAAGUCUAUUUACCGAAGACUCGACUUACGACACCUUGUUUUCAACUCGAUACUUGUGACCUUUGCCUAACUAUUCUUAUUCAUGAUAUACGAACUAUGAAAAUUCUGCUAUUAAAAAGUAGUUGCGAGCAUCAAAGAGGAAGAAAUGUAGGGGGAUUGGUACGCGGUGCAGAAAAAUACAUUAUAGAGAAUUGUUCAAUCUUUUCGUCUUCGACUCAUAGAAGAGUCGCUCAGAUGUCUUGGCAAAGACGAGACAAGCGGUCACCUACAAAACGCUUGCUUGGUGAGGACGAUUGAAUCUGGUCUCAGAAUCAUCUUAAAUUUUGGUGAAGAUUGGCAGUCGUUCAAAAAUUCACAUUAUUUUGCAAUUUCAUGUUUCGUAUUUCGACAAUUUGCCAAAACUUGUGUUUCGUAUAUCUAAGUUUUGUUACUCUCGAAAUCAACUUUUACUUUUAAUCGCGUUAUUAAUUUCUUAUUUUGUUAAUUUUUCAACUGUCUGUAUUAUUUGUUAAGGCUGUAUAAAUAGAUAGUACAUUAGACAAGCUGCGUUUCUAAUUUAGCAAUUGAUAUUUGGCACCUGGUAUCAUGUUUUCGUCAGAUAUGAUUUUCCGCACAUUAUUCCAUGGUAUUUAUAGUUUUAUAAAUAUUUGCGUUUCGAAUCAAAGCAGCGUGAUUCGGCGUAGAAGCAUACGUAAUCGCUCGAUAAUAGCGAAUUGAUUGCGGAAAAAUUUUUAUGAACUAUGACAUGUUGGAGGAAGUGAUAAGCGACCAUGAUACUUGAAGAAAAUAACUAUAUACACACGACGAACGCUCAUCUUCUAUCGCAAGAAUAAAGAGCGCCACUCGUUGAAAUCGCAAUCUGCAGCUUAUAAUCUAAACUUAUUUAUGCGGCAUAGCAGUCGUGAUUCUUGGAAAUAGAAUAGGGUGCCUCUUCAGAGAACUUUGCGAGAGAGGAGAGGAGAUUCGUCGAGAAGGCAUCCUUGGUUUCUGCCGGUGGCGCGAAUCGUGGAAAUUUACGAGGCCUCCGUCCGUUUCUUUUUAUCGGUCUAUCUUGUUCGCGCGUUCGUUCAUCGAAGUAUAUGCGAGCUUGUGCGGCUUGCGUCAUUGCCUCGCGGGUCUCUCUCUCUGUUCGUGUAUGCGUUGCGGCCUACGUGUAGCUAAGAAGAGACAUGGCAACGGCGCGUGAAGCUAAACAUAUUAACUGUCGGCUCACGCCACAAAAACAACAUGAUCUCAUUCCAUGGCGCAUAUAUAUGCAAGAGGUUAUCAUAUACCUCAAAAUCUCAUUCAAAACUUUAACGGCGUGAGACGAGGCAAAAGAAGAUGAGAGGAUGCGAUAAUAUAUAAAUAUUAAACGCGUGGUAACGGAAACUUUUAAUGGAUUACUAAUUUCAACCAGCGAAAUAAUAUCGUUCGCUUUAAUUAUAAUACUGAUUUUUAAAUCCAAUAAGUUUGCGGCAUUAGCUAUAAGCGCGGUUAUAAGCGCUUUUCCUGGAAGAUAAAACUUCCUCCAUGCAUUAGCCAUCUCUUUGCCUUUGAUUAUACAAUUUCCUAUGCUACAGUUGAGUUAGUUAUGCGUGUAUUGUAUUUAGUAUGCUUGUAUCUCGUAGGGCAUACGUCUACGACCUAAUCUAAAUUGUGCGCGCCUACUCUUUCGUAGAAUAAGCCUUUCAUGAUUGAUCGCGAUCCGUUUCAGUUCUUUGUGAUAUUUCACAAAGAUGCUAUAUCCUUCUAUAUAAGGAAUUGUAGAAAAGUUGAGAAUGCUACGCAUUCCAUGCGUAUUCUUGAUCUCGUGUAUAUAGAGAAGUCCAACGGAGGCGCGAUUGGCUGUGGAGGAGAAAGGCGAGCAAAAAUCGAGGCUCCAAGCUGGCUGCUACAACGAGCUGUUAAGCGGCGCGGGCAAGGAAGGCAGGCACGCAGUCAGACAUUCACAGCAGACAACAUGGCGCCGUGAGCGUCGUCGUCACGCCGGCGUGACGUUUCCCGCGCGCGUCAUUAACGGAAGUGAGGCCACAAAAUGGCGGAGUUUUACCAAGCCGAGGUGUGAAAGGGAAGAGGAGAAAGGAGAGGAGACAGGGAGGGUGGUGUAUGUAUGCCUGCGGGCAGUUACAGGCAAGCGAGAGGUAGGAUGACAAGAGAUCUAUAGAAAGAGAGGCGGUUGGGUCGGUGGCACAGAGAAAGAAGAAUGACUAGUAGCCGCCUUCGGCGGUAAACUAGCGCCCCGUGCUGUACGAAUGGGGGCAACGGGGAGUUCGAGGGGAUAUUGGGUAGAAAGAGAGAGAAUGGCCACAAAGGCGAUAAGUUGAACACGGAUAGAAGCGAACUGACUGAGCGCCGAGUGGGGCAGAUAUAUGGAAGAGUGUGGUCGACAGUGCGAGCAGAGAGGCCUCAAGGGAACGAGAGAGCGAGAGACGGCGUUAGAGCGGAGAAGGGAAAGACCAGUGGGAAGCAGCGGCAGUUCGCUUGGUGGGGAUGAAAAUUAGUUACGGCAUCCAAGACCUAAAAGGAACUCCGGCGCCGCCAGAUCGCAUCGUGCAAUGUUAAGCGUUAAGGUAUCCUCGUGUAUCGUUGACAGUGCCGGUCUGAAACUUUGUGCUAGUUGUUAUCUGCGUUACUAUCGGACUCGGUUUCAUGGUUGACGUGUGACGACUAUUUACAGGGUGCGAAAGAAGUUUUACGUAUGUGUAAUAUUUUAAAUAAGGAUACAUGACCUAUUUAUAUAUAUGACGUGAGUGAGAUGCUCAGUGAGGAUAGCUCACAAUCAGUGAAAAUGAUUCAUUCGAAGCAUCAGCAAUCGGCGCAUCAGCAGCACCAACACCAGAAUAUGCGAAAAUCUGUGGGCGUUAUGGGCACCAGACGUAUAUUCACAACAGCUUUUAAAAUCAAGGUUCUGGAUUCCUACAGACACGACAAGGAUUGCCGUCAGAAUCAACGUGCCACUGCGAGAAAAUACGGUAUUCAUCGUCGUCAAAUACAAAAAUGGCUACAAUGCGAGGAACAGCUCAGAAGUAGCGUUGAAAAUGGAAGCACUGGUAUCGCCUCGACCAUUUCUUCCACGGGUUCUCAAUCUGACGGUACUGUGACGGAAGCUACAGGGAAUACCGUGACUCCAGCAACGCCGGCCUUGAACCUCAACCUCGCCAGACAGCACGGCGACGAGCUGACUGCACAGCAAGGGCCCCCACCUCUGCAUCCUCCGCAUGGCAGUGCACCCUCCUCGCCCCAAUAUAGCCGUCAGACUACUACCAUCGGCACGACUUUGCCCCUAUGUGUCGCGUCCGUAGGUUAUCAAGAAUAUUCGUCGGAACAACAACGUCUUCAUUUAGAACUCGAGGACAGAGUGCAUAUGCCAGAGAUUCACGGAUAUCCAGCUCCGCAAGUGGAUCAAGAUCGUAAUUACUACGUAUUAAAUGGAGAUGGACAGCGAGAUGCGGAGGUUGCUUCGAUAUUCGGCGGUAGGAACGAGGUGAAGGUAUAUCAAACUUUAACAAGUUACCAUUCGCCAUCUCAGGAGCAUCGAUACGGCGUGAAUGAUAUUAAUAGUAGCGUGCAUAAUCAUUCGCCGAAUCAUCAUCCACAGCAGCGAGAACAAAGUUAUGGGAACGUUGAUUCAUUUGACGGAAGAUCAUACGGCUUGCUACGAGCGCCGUCGAUGAUAAAGACGGAGCCAGCGAGCCCAGACACAGCGGCGACACAGUCAGGGCCGUACGAAUCGACGGACUCCCCUGGUGGCCCGCAGGCCCCACUCUCGCCUGUAUCCCAUCGAGCAGCCGAUAGCGGCGGUUCCUCCUCGUCCGUUCACUUUGUUGAUUCCUCACGAGCCCCCGCGAGCCCGUACUUGCACGUGCACGUGCAUGAGCACGCACACCCAUGUUCACCGCUGAAUUCCGAGAAGCCGAUCCCGUCGCUUCUGCACCAGCAGGAGAGAGAGUCGGAGGAGACGACGCAUAUCGAGGAGAAGAAAGAGGAAGAGGUGCUGGAAAAAACGGAUCACUGUACAACGAUAGUCAAAGAAGAGGUACAUUUGGACGAAGAGGAAGUAUACGAUGGAGAGGAAGUCACCGCAACCUCGUGCAUUGAUUAUCGACGACCAUCUACUGGCGAAUUAUUAGUAGAUAGUUCAGGACCGGUGAGUCCUCCUAUGUAUGAUCGCAACGGUUACUCGUUGCCGUCGAGUCCUCGUGAUUCUGUUGUUAGCGUCGGAAGGUACAGAAGUAGCUGCUCCGAUAGCGAGAUGGAUCCCCUCGUUUCGGCCGGCAGUUUGAAUUCAUCCGGCAAUUUUACUCGCAGACGAUCUUCCUUGCGCUUUAAACUCGAAGUUCUCGAUGCCUUCCAUCGAGAUAAGGAAGUGAAGGAGAAUCAACGAGCCACCGCGAGAAAAUUUGGUAUAAAUCGUCGUCAGGUACAGAAGUGGCUGGAACAAGAGGCGGAACUCAGAGACGAAAUCGCCCUUCGAGGCGAUUCACGUCAACGAUUAGGUCCUGUCCAGGAUGUCCCUUCCGGUGACUCACCGUUGGAUCUGACGACAAAUUACUCCAACUGCGUUUCGCUGCUACGUGAUCGGUUUGAGAUGGAACACGAACGAACGCCACCGCAUGUUUAUCGCUGCGAUAUCGGUUCUCCUCAACAUCCUUUGUACUAUCACCACUUUACCGGAAUGGAAUCGUCCUCUGAAGUAGAACCAGUAGGGCCUUGCAAUAUUUCUUGCUCCGUGGACAGCCGUACUACGACUUCGACGACAUCCUCUUCUCAAGAGUCUUGGAAGGAAUUCUGUUAUAUGGAAUCUUCAGCUAAAGCGCACUGUUAUUCACCCAGCGCAAAUUCCAUGGUAUCUAAUCUUUCUGAAGGAUGCGAGCAACUAAUUUUGCCGCGGGCAUUGCCGCUGAAGAGGCACCAUUGCCCGCAUCCUUGCUGCCUUGUCGAUGCAUUGCCGUCGCCAAAAAGAUUCUGCGAAAGGCUUGUUUCGGAUACGGACGACUGUUACGAUGCACCUCCUCAGGAUACGCCUCUUUGUCUGGUGAAACGGAGAUCGACUCGGGAAUCAUCUCCUUCCCGGACGGAGCUGAUUCUGAAACCGAGUACCGUGUCGACCUCGAAUAAUCCGGACGCUAUCACAUUCAAGCCUUACUUGGACAACCCCGUGAGCAAACCUGCGAGAAAGUGUCUGGACCAGCGGAAUCUAUCUCCCGUCAGCAGCCACAAUAUCAACAACAAUAAUAAUAAUAGUUACAACAAUUGCCAAAUAAUCUGUAACUUCGACGAGAGUCAAAAUCGCAACUAUGAUUUCGAGCUUAAUCUGCGAGUACCGGUUUCCUGGAGACCUGACGUAGGUUUGUAUGGGUUUCCGCAAAGGAGUGCGUUCGUCAGCGUAUCUUCUCCGCUCUACAUGUAACUUCCUGUCUCUUUCCGAACUCCCCAUCCUUCUAUUCUAAUCAAACGCAGAGAACGGAAACCAGCAAGCUCGUAUAACGAUCAAUGGUCAUGUCUGCAUUUCUUUUCUUCCAUCUUGUUUUAAAAAUUGAAAAAAAAUACUUGAUUAUACAUAUAUAGUUAAAUUAGAUCCAAUUCACGGGUUCCUCGUAGGUGAAAAUUUGUCGAUGAAAAAAAAUUGAUCGGUACGUGAUCUGGUACACGUAGCAGGCCACGUAAGCAUUUAUCGUUUUCGCGGAUCGUCGGUGCCGCGUUAUACAUCGCGAUAAAGUUUUAAUCGGCCAUUGGACGAGCUGAGGCGUGGAAGGAGAUUAUACAUGGUCGCGUCCUCGGCUUGGCGUCUUCUUCCAACUUCAUCAGACUUGCUCCGAGACCCUCUUCCCCUCCAGACCUCUCGUCCCACCUCUGUUCCACAAAAAAUCGUAAAGAUAUCCUGACGAAUCUUUUUCUCACCGCUUUAUCGUCGAGAUUAGAACCUGGUGGUUAUCGCGCGGCUAGGCCGUUUAGAGGUCGAACGCUCGUUCGCUAUAAUUAUAGAAUUAUGUCAGCGCAGCCAUUAUUGCAACGCAUCGAAGGAAAAUUCGCGGAAAGAAAUGCCUCGACCGAAGCAUUCUCUCGUUGCAGCACGUUAUGUAAUAACUGGAUACUUGGCAUUAUAUAUUCUACACGGAUUUAUUAACAUUUUUUAAAAAUAUUUUUAUAAUAUAUAUCUCGGGUUUUAAAAACAUUUAUUUACGUUUCUCCUUGCAAGAUAUUUUGGUAACUUUUUGCAGUACAUUUGGCUAAAUAAAUUCACUUUUUUUAUAUUUAUGUUAUUACAUAUUAUGCUCGACGAAUGCAUUGCAUCAGAUAAAAAAAAAAACGAGGUUUUCAGAUUACAUUUUUUCCCUAUGUAUUACACAGGAAACCACCCGCGUUGGCGGGUAGAUCACACGAUUUCUCGGUAACAGAUGACAUGUCAUCCAUGGUUUUCUGCGAACUGCUCGCGCGAUCGCAUACAUCACUGAUCGCGAAUACACACAGUCGAGCUGCGAAAAUCAUUUAAUUGCUCAAACAAUUUCUUCCAUGCGCGCAUAUGCGUCAUACAUGCGCAUACCACGUUAGUAUUACAAUAGUAAAACUCUUUGUCAUUGCUCUUCUAUCCCCUUUUCUCAUUGUUUGGCAAUUGUUGUCUAUUUCUCGUUCUCGCGUUUUAUUGUUUUCUGUUAAACGAUAAUGUAAAUAUGUAAAUAUGUAAAUAUCGAGAAAACCGGGAAGAAACGUGACACAUGAUCGUAUUUCCGUCGCAUCAGAUUUCUGCAAGGAUGUAUACUUGGCAGAUAUAUCAUAGUGUUGUUUUUAAAAAAGAAUGUUUAAUUAAUCGACGUCUCCAUUCGGGAGAAAUAAGAUAUUUUUAUACGAUCCCGCGUAUCUGAAAAAAUUAAAUUAAAAAGAAAAUAAAAAAAACAUAAAGGAAGAGACGGAAAUUCGAGACAAAAUAAACCACUUCCGCAGAGACCACUUCUUGUGCCUUUUUGUCUAUAUAAGACAUAAAAUAUAAAAAUGUUUAUAAUGCAUAAAAGACGCAUAGAUGCGCUUGUAAAAAAUAUAUAUAUUAAUAUUUUUAGAAAAUAAUAGAUUCUCGAUAUAUAUAUAGAAAGUAAAUAAGUUUGUUAUGCACUUCGCUUUUGAUGAAUUAAUUUACUGAAUGAUAACUAAAAGAGAUAUUCCGUGAUCAAUUAGUCUGUCGUUAAAAUAUUUAAAGCGAUAGAGAUAACUAUGCGGAGUGUUGUUGCGUAUAUGAAGUGUAAUUAGUUCGCUGACUGAUAGAAAAAUCGAAAGUUGGACAAGAUAAGCAGAAAGAAUUAAAAAAGACAUAUAAGAGCAACUCUGAAAGAAAAUCACAUGUGCCUUAUGUAAUAUAUUCAUAUUAAAGUUGUAUUUCACUCGCACGAGGCUUAGUUAGUGCGAGACCAAACAAAUCACAGGGACAUAUAAAUUGUAUAAUAUUAGUUAUUAUAGUAAAUAAUGUCUAGAUUUUAAUUAGUAUUUAUAUAAGAUAGAUCAACUUAAAAGUGAUAUAAUUACGCUACAUUUUCUAUAUAUAUAUAUAUACGAUUCCACGUUUAAAUUAUAAAAGUUUAUUUUUUGCCUUCGUUAUCGAUUCGUGAAUAAUUUUAACUAGAGAAAGUUUACGCAUCGACAUUGAACCAAGUUUCGUCGUUAAUUAUUGUGAACAACAUAAGAAAUAAUAUAUUUAAAUUUAAAUAAUGAG